AUGACCGACUACGCUCAGGCCACGGCGGCUGACCCGUCGUGGACGUGGUGGAUGACCACGGCUGCGGCGGCCGUGCGCAUGCGGAACCUCCAAAAUCACCACCACCACCAUGGAGACGUAAGCGGUGGCAGCGAUCUGGACGACGAAUACGCCGGGCCCGGAGGGAAGCGACAGCGAAUCGGCGACGUCAAGGACGAGUAUUGGCCGGUCACCUUGGACCGCAAUGACCGCGGAGCACUGAUUCUACGACAUCGGCUGGAGACGCACGACACGUCGUCCGCGGGCCCGCUUGACUUGUCCGUGAAAGCCACACUGACGACGACAACGACGACGGAUGCUCGCAUAGUGGACGGACGAGUGGGAACCGACGGGUACCCAGCAGCCGUGACACCGGAGAAACGGCCAGUUGCCACUGCCGCGAGCGCCAACCGUGGUAAAUCGUCCAAGAAAUCGACGACCGGCGGUACGGCGACCGCGUCAACGGCGGUAAAAGCGGCUACUCGAAAACUUCUUCCACAACUCAUGUUUGACCGCCGAGUUGACAGGUCGUCGCCGGUGUCCGGUACGAUCAUCGUACCUGCUCCUCCCGAAGAACCGAUGGCAGCUGGCUGUAAACGGCUGACUUCGACAUCGUCAUCGCUGUCGUCGUCAUCGUCUUUAUCUUCGCCUCCAUACCCGGCGACGGCCGACUGCGGUGGACAAGACGGUGACCCACGGGAUGACGAAUACGAUGGUGGUGACAUCGACCCCGAAUUCAACAUUGUCGUGGCCACCGACGAGGCCCGUCGUCGGAUCGAGAGCAUCCCCAACGCGCUGGGUCCAUACCGGUGCCGGCUGUGCGGCGUUCGGUACGCCGACGCCUUCGCGCUGGCCCGUCAUCGGUGCCGAUGCAUUGUACACGUCCGGUACACGUGUCCCGAGUGCGACAAGGUGUUUCAAUGUCCAGCCAACUUGGCAUCGCACCGUCGGUGGCACGGCACCGGGUCAGCUGUGAAAACGACCGGCGUCGGCGGUAAUCGUAGCAAGAACGGCGAUAAUGGCGGUAAACCCGUCAAUGGCACGUCCAAUAAUGUCAGCGACAUUGCCGCAGCCAUCGAUGUCAACGACGGUGACUCUGCAGGCAGCGUAACGACGGCACCGAUAACAACCGCGUCCGGAUUCAAAAAGAACAUGUUACAGCGUGCCGUGCAGGCAGCCGCGGCUGCCGCAGCUAAUGACAACAACAACAAUGACGACGAUGGUGACAACAACGACAAGAACUUCAAGAACGACGACGGUGACAUCGCCAAGUAA